AUGGUGGUGGAGAAAGAGAUGAAUGUUACAAACAUCCGUGCUAACGCAACACGUAUACUAGAGCGCGUUUCGCACAGCUUCCAGCGUAUGUGGUGUACACAUGGCUCAACGCAAUCCUCCCGCGGCGAAGGUCUCCGCAUUUGUGCGUUGAGGUACGAUGUAUGUGUGGCGAGCUUCCUGGUACGGUGUGUCAAGGUUGUCAAACAGGGUAUGGCUGCACGGGAGGUGCAAUUGGAAUCGGACACUGAGAUAUCUACGCACAACCACGAAACAAACAAUUUCAUUUUUGACUCGUAUCGUGAAGCAAAGUUCAUCUCGAUUCCGUCCCAGGUUCACCGAGAGUUUGGGCUCUUGACGGAUAUGAAGACGAGCACUUCGAAUAUCAACCGAUUUCUGUCGAAGCAGCUUGAUGGGUCCCAGUGA